UCAAUGACGCUCUGCUUACAGAGGAAGGCAAAUAUUAGAAAGCUGACAUACAACAAGAAAACUAAGGAGCUCCAUUUGAGAAAGAUAAAACGGCCAUUUUUAGCAUGGCUGUUUUAUGGCUGAUCCAGUUUGCCACUUUUACUCUCAACAUCCUUUGGGGAAUCCUGUUUGUCCUGGCAAACAAAGACUUUUGUGGAAGUAUUUUUGAAACUCGAGUCGACCAUGCCUUGGUGGGUCAUGUUAUCCAAACGACUGUUGUUGUGGACGAGUUCGAAUGCCAGUUAAAAUGUAUGGGAAAUUACAGCUGUAAAUCGAUCAAUGUUCAUCCCGGUGACAGCAAUGGAAAACGAAGCUGUGAGUUGAAUAAUAAAACACGAAAGAUGAAGCCAGGUCAUUUUAAAAAAAAGCAAGGAUCUACAUACUACAGCUCUGUUCAGGCCUCCUGCAUGGAUGCCUCUCGCGGGCGAAAACAAACAACUGAAAGCGGCCAGUGUCAUCCAAGAUACAAAGGGAAACAUUGUGCAACACCUACCAGAGGCUUAUACUUCAAUCAGCCUGGUCAUUCCUGUAAGGACAUCCGGGACUCAGGUUUCUUUCAAAAAGACGGAGAGUACUGGAUCAACCCUGACAAAAAUGGAAGUUCCUUAAAAGUAUUUUGCGACAUGACAACUGAUGGAGGAGGCUGGCUCCUAAUCUAUAACGUUAUUGCUGGAGGAACUGUGCCCCCCACCAACUUGACCAUUGAAAAGACAUAUACAGGAGUCAGUCUUUACAGAAACAACAGAUUGGUUCUCUCUCCUGACGGUAUGCGAGAGCUGAGAUCCCGCAUAUCUUUCACUCAGCUGAGAUUCCACUGCCGUAAAGAGCAACAUGGACGAACGUUUCAUGUCAAAACGGCCGCGAACAGCUCUGGUGAAGCUGUAGCCAGGUUCUUUGCUGGUGAUACCGAAGUUUUUCCCAAAGCCUGUGGUUCAUUUGAAAAACUCAAGGGAGAUAAUUCAGUCCUUGCAAGUAGAUGUGCAGAAUGGGGGAUGGAAAAUGGCGUGUAUCAUGUUGGAAAAUGGGGACAUGAAGGGCAUAGGGAGCUGUAUAUGUUCUCAGCAUUUAUCAAGUAUUACCAUCAUUGGAUCACGUGGCCAGGCAAUAACAGAUGGCAAUGUGAUGACAUGGCGAACAAUUUGUCGCGCGGCGACUUUUGGAAGAUUUAUGUCCGCUAGUUAAUGCAACGCUUUGCGACUCUUCCAUGGAAACUCCCAUAACUAACGUUGAAGCAGCAAACGAAGAUGCGUUAAGGUUACAGCAUCAUGAACUUUUAGCUUAAGAUUUUUGCACCUGUCAAAAAUUUGGUCUUUAUCCGUAAAUGGUGACCUCCUCAUAUUUAAUUUACAAGUCAUCUUCUGAUAAAAGAGUUAAUUUUAAACAUCUUUUAAACAAUUUAGCCUCUUAACACCUGGGCAAAACAAAACUUAAAUGUAAUAUCUAAGUAACAGCGUAUCUGAAGGCACUAUUGUUGUAUUCUCAGAAACCGUCGGGUCUCUCUCGGGAAUUGGGUUUUUUUGCAUGCCAUAAACAUUAUUUCUCCACUUGUUAUGUAUGUAUUGUUAUCAAUGGGAAGAAUCGCAAUAUACACCUGAAGCACGUCACUCAAGUUAUCAGGGGCGUGAACUUUAUGCAGCCCAUACUCUUUGUUUGUUUUGCUGUAACAGUAAUUCGGCAUACUAUAACACAAUUUAUACCGGUUAUUGACCAAUCAGGGAUAAGAUGUUUUGUUGUGAGUAUAAUAUAACAAUUUAUCAGUCCAAUAACCUUCCAUACGACUCCU